AUGGCUGUCGGUGACUAUUUCAACGGUAAAUACAUUUUUAUAACUGGCGGGUCGGGUUUCAUUGGAAAAGUGCUUAUUGAAAAACUAUUACGAUCUUGUGUCGGAAUUGAAAAAGUCUACCUACUUUUAAGGGGAAAGAAAGGCAAAACAGCUGAAGAGAGACUGAAUGACAUUCUUAAUAACCAUUUGUUCGACACCUUAAAAAAGUUUAACCCUGCAGCUAUUCAGAAAUUGGUACCAAUAUGUGGAGAUGUAAUGGAACCCGGUCUUGGUUUAUCGGAGAAAGACACACAAACCCUUAUUGAAAACGUGGACAUCAUCUACCACGGAGCAGCUUCAAUAAGAUUCGAUGACCAUCUGAAAGAUAGCGUUCUGCUGAAUACAAGGGGAACUAAAGAAGUUAUAGACAUAGCAUUGCAAGCAAGAAAGUUAAUAACGUUUGUGCAUAUAUCUACUGCAUAUUGUAAUUGCGAUAGAUUCGAAGUAGAGGAAAAAUUAUAUCCAGCACAUGCCGACUGGAAAACUACUAUAUCGCUGGCGGAGCAAGUUGAUCAGCAUACAUUAAAUAUUUUGUCACCACAUUUUAUUCAUCCUUUACCAAAUACCUACUCAUUUGCAAAAUCUUUAUCUGAACAUGUCGUCACUGAUUUGUGCAAAGGUAAAAUGCGUACAGCAAUUGCAAGGCCUUCAAUUGUUAUUCCUGCUUUAGACGAUCCAAUUGCUGGCUGGGUUGAUAAUUUCAAUGGGCCAUUAGGUAUUCUAUGCGCUGCAGGAAAAGGAAUAAUGAAAAUAACUUAUGCAGGUGAGGAAGUCAUGUCAGACUGCAUUCCAGUGGACAUUUUUGUAAAGUUUUUAAUUCUAAUUACCUAUGAAAGAGCAUUAUCUAAGGACUUACAUGAAGUAUCAAUAUACAAUACCACUGCUGGUGAGGACUUUUGUAUAAGACUUAAUUAUAUAUCUGAAAUAAGUUCAAAAAUAAUAUGGGACGGACCAUAUACAAAUUUAUUUUGGUACCCUUCAUAUUCCAUGACAAACAACUGGUACAAGUAUUAUGUAACUUUCCUUUUAUGCCACAUGCUACCUGCAUUGAUUUUUGAUGGUUUACUGAAGCUUGUUGGGAAAAAUCCAAUUAUGACUAAAAUUCAAAGGAAAGUAUACCUGGCCAAUAUGGCCUUGAAAUACUUUAUGCAACAUACCUUUAAAUUUAAAAAUGCGAGUUCUAUGGCGUUGCACAGACAUUUAGAGGAGUCCGAAAUGGAGAGAUUUUCUUUCAUACAUUAUCUUGGCUUCAACGAAGAAUACGCAUAUUACCUCAAUACGAAAAUAGCAACUUCGACGUUAUUUAAUGAAAAAUUUAACAGAAAAAAAGGAUUUAGGAACACAAUGAUAUUGUGGAUAUUGGACAGGAUACUGCGCAUUACUAUUUUUGGGGUGCUGUGUUGGUACCUUAUAACAAAAAUGAAAAUUGCAACUAUCUUUAACAAUAUGGCAGAUUCCUUCAUAUGCUAUUUAAACCAAUUGUAAUUUUUUAAGUCAUCAUUGU